UUAAUUUCUGAAUGUGAAUUUAAUCGUAAAUAAACUUGACGUAUACUAUUCAUGUACAUAAUAUGCUAUGAUUAUUAAUAUUCAAAGCACCGUUUCAAAAUUUAACGAAUAACGGCGCAGCGAUCGCUGUGUGGCGUAAGUUCAAAUCUAAGGGAGAAAGGUGGUAUUUAUUUCAGAUUUUGAAAUAAAUAUAUCCUCUACAGUUGUGUAUGAAGAUCUUCUAUAAUGCCUCGUAAAACUAGUCAAGCUGUCAAAAAAGAUGCUGUUGCUGCUGAUACCAAGAGUGAAGCAGGUGCACCUCGGAGGUCUGGUCGGGCUGUAACUAAACAAGAACCAACUUCUGGGAGAGAUGCUACAAGGUCUCGCCGUAGUUCAACGGCUGCUCAAACUGCUGCUUCAGUUGCAGACUCAAAAACUCCAAAAGGUAGGAGUAGUGUCAGUUCACGCAGAGAGAGUGCAUCUCCUUCAGAUAACCGUAAUAGGAGUGGAAGAGAAGGUGUUGAAUCUCCUGCAACUCGUGUAAAGUCUACUCGAAGGAGUACUGGCCGUGUCAAUUACAAAGAAAGUGAUGGUGAAGAAGAAGCAGCUACUCCAAAAUAUGAUGAAAACUUUGAAAGUAGUGAAGAGUUUGAAGAAUCAGAAUCUGAUGAAAAAUCAAAGAAGAAAGGGAAAAAUAAGCCUGUCAAAGCAGUUACAAAAGGCCGUGGAGCAAAAGAUAAAGCUAAAAGUGCUCGGGGUCGUAAAAUUAAGCCUACAAAGAAAAAAGCAGAUGAGGAAGAAGAUGAAGGUUUUGAAGCUUCAGACGAUAGUCAAGAACCUGAAAUUGUUGUCACAGGAAGAAGAGGUAAAACAACUCCUGUGAAAGAGGCACCUAGAUCUGCUAGAAGUAAAAAACAAAAAACUGAAGCUGCAGAAGUGAAAAAACCUGCUGCUGAAGAAAAACCAAAACCAUCAAGAAGGAGUGCUCGUGCGGCUUCUAACAAAGAAGAAACUCCUAAAAAGAGGCCGUCACGUAGAGUGCAAGCUAAACGUUACACUGAAGAAGAGGAGGAUGAAGAGGAUAUUGAAGAAACUCCUGUCUCUAAAGAAGAAGAAGAUGAAGGAGAAGUAGAGGAAUAUGUAAAAAGUGAGACUGAAGGUAGUAAAAAGCGAAAGAGAGCUAGCACUUCUGAGGCAUCCAACAAACGCGUGAAGGAAACAGAAUCAGUAGAAGAUGACAAAAUUCAAGCUGAUGAUGACAAAAGAGUAGAGGAUGUGGAUGAGAAAGAAACUGAACCUGAGACUAAAGUGGAAGUGAAAGAGGACAAAACAGACAAAGAUCAGUCUGUAGAGCCAAUGGAAGUAGAUGAGUCGGAUUCCGAAGAAGUGAAAAUUGAGGCUCCUGCUAAAAAUGAAACAGAAGUUGAAGAGGUUAAAAUUAGUGAGGAUAAACCAGAAGAUCGCAAAGAUAAAGAUCAGGCUAUCUUUUCGUUAGCAAAAGAAAAGCUGAGUGCUGCAAAUAAGCAGGAAAGUAUUGAUAGUUCUGAAAAUUUAGAUGAAAGUAUGCAUAGUUCUGAUUCAGAACAAGAAAGUAGAGCAGAACAUUCUCUAUCAUCUGGUUUAGAAGAUUCUCAAGAUUCCAAAGAUCAGAAAGAAGAAAAAGUUCCUGAUACAAAAGAAUCCAUAGAAAGAAAUGAAAAACGAGAUGAUAUCGACCUUUCUUCUCAAUCUUCUGAGAGUUGCCAGCAGAUAGAUGAUAAUUCUGAUGAACCAAAAGUUGUAACGAUCUCUGGUAUUCCUUCUGAACCUGAAAAAAUUGUAGAUAAAGCAGAAAGUAAUGUAGAUAUAAAAAAUCGUGUUGAUGCUGUGAAAAAUGAUAGUUCUUUCUUGCCUGAAAGCAAACCUUCAGAGCCAGAUAUAUCCCCUUCAGCUCCUCCUUCUGCAGGAAGUACAAUUCCAUCAAUCAUUUCACAUUCCAAGGAAUCAAACUGUGACGUACCAGUGAAUGGAUCGGAAGGUGUGACAGUCACAAAUCCUCCAGCUCAUGUUAUUCAUAGUACUUCCAGUGUUAUCUUAGAACAUAAAGAAGAUCCAUCUCCUAAGGCUAAUGGAGCUCAUAAUGAUAUACAUAAUAACACCACUGCACCUCCUGACCAGUAUUAUUUGUUACCUGGCCGUAAAUAUGUUGCAAACUGUAAAAUAACUGAAACUGUCCGGCAAGCUGUUAAAGACCAGACUUUUGGUUUCGUUUCUUACAAUUUGGGAAGUCCGAGUUAUGAUCCAUAUUUGCAGAAAGACAAAAUUUUGAAUGAGUUGAAUAAUCUCAAUGCUCAUGUAAUUUGUUUGCAGCAAGUAGCAAAACCAUUUUUUAUUAGUGUGUUGCAACCUAGUCUUGAUGCUCUUGGUUUUAAGGGUGAUUUUUGCCAACCUGAGGACAGUUUAAAAGGUAUAGUUACCUUUUACAAAACUUCUCUCUUCAGAAUUACCGAUCGGUCAGAAGUAUCAUUAAAGCAUUUGAUUGAGAAGGAACUUGAAGUUUCUUCUUUGGAUGCUAAUGACAGAUCAGCAGUAAGAGCACAUGUAAAAAGAUGUGGAAAUGUGUGUUUUACGCAGCUUACCACUGUCAUCGGAAAUCAUACCAUUACCAUUGCAAAUGUACAGAUUCCUCCUACAGAUACUAGUGUUCAUGCAUUACAGGUUUCAUGUUUGGCUAGAGAGAUAGUAAGAAUAAAUGGUGGUACAAAUAAACCUCUGCUUCUUGGGGGUGAAUUUAAUAUGAUGGAGAGUGAAGCACCAUACCAAUUACUUCGUGAUGGCUAUCUUAGCAAUGAUAUGAUAGAAGAAUUACAAAGAAGAAAAGAUGUUGUGUUACCUGGAAAAGAGAAUGCAUCAUUGCUGAAUCUUUUGUGGAAGUCUUUCCAGCACCCGUCCUCUAAUUUGUGCAGCUGUUAUAAAUCAGUGUUGGAUCAUGAGUUAUCCAUUCCGGAAUUGAAAAUCACAUCACCAGAUCUUUUGUGGUACAGCUCUGAUAGUUUGUACACUGUUGGUGUUCUUGAUAUCAUUUCUGAGAAACCUGGUGAGCGCCAUUUAUCCUUAAAAGCUGAUGUAGCUUUUUCUGUCUGAGGAAUUGCAUCUUUUCGUUUUCUGUUAUCAAAAAGGACAUAAAGCAUACUGUUCCUUUUCAAUGAAGGUGAAAUAAAUUUGUAGUUUUCUGGAAACCUUUUAUAUACAUAAAUUGUAAAUUGAGUUAAAUUUUCUUUCCUAGGGUUUGUGUUAAGCAUAUUGGUAGUUUCAUAUUGUUAUAACAAUUUGUAUUGUGUUACAUUUUGUUACAUUUUUAAUGUAGAAUGCCAAUGAUCUGAAUUAUCUUUGUAAACAUUGUUUUUUUUUUUUUUUUUUUUUUUUUUUUUUUUUUUUUUUUUUUUUUAAGUCUGCUUGUUAUGCUCUCAGCAUUCUCGUAUAUGUAUUUGUCAUAUAUGUAUGACAGCAGACUUGUUUUUAAUGAAAAAUUAGAUUUUGAGUUAUAUUUCUUUAAUAUAGACCUUUGGGGAUAUUAUACAAUAAAAUCUGUCAAUUAUACUUUUGAAAUGUUUGAUUUUUGUAUUGUUAUUAUUCAUUCAAUGAGAAGAAAAAUGUAUACAACUUUUAGUUUAUUUUGCUACUACUUCUUUUAAAUAAUAUAGGAAAUAAAUGUAAUUGCUGUUAGAUUGCUUCUGUGUGUUUUGUUUAUUACAAGUUUUCUUUUUCUUUUUUUCCCAUUAAUUAAGAAACUGAAUUUUACACUUUUUGUGAGGUUCAUAUAUGUAUAUAAAUUGAUGUACAGAAUAGCAGGUAGGUUGAUUAUGAUUAUCAGAUAAUUGGGAUUCUACUAUAAUGUUAUUAGUACACACAAACAUAUUGUCAGCCUUAAGAAUACGUCUUAAGUCAGUUAAGAAAUAUCUUUUGAAAUUAUUGGUAUAAUUGUGCCAUUUGUCAUUAAAAUCGAAAAUACAAAAGUAUUUCACUGUAUUUGUUUAAUGAAUCAUUUCCCUUUCUCAAGCAUUUUAACAUUAAUCAUAUGAUAUAUAUUUCAUAUCUUGUAUUAUGUGCAUUUGUGAAAUGUCUUUUAUUAGAUGUUUAGGAGCAGGAGUAAUCCUUUUAGAUCUAGUGUGAGUAGAACUGAAAAUUGAAAUUUUUCUCUUUGUGCUUUAAGAGAUUUAAAUUAAUGGCACACAGGAAAAAAAAAAAAAAAAAAAAAAAAAAAAAGUUCAAACUAUUUUUUAUGGCAAGUGUAGAUCUGAUUUCCUGUUAAUAUAGAUAUGACAUUCACCAUUUUAAUCAUUGACCUUCACCAGCACUUCCAUUACUGGAAGAUAAAUUGAUUUUAUCAGAAGUAUUUUAGUUACAUAUUCUGCUGAAAGGCUUGUACAGAAUUGCUCUUCAGAUACAGGUAUCUUUGUUCAACUUUUGUGUGUUCAUUUGCACCAAAAUGUAUAGAAAUGAUGUACAUUGUGUAGGUAAAAAUAUUUCCUGUUCUGAAUUUUGAAAUUAGAAGCAUUUCAUUUCCAUGCUUUUUUUUUUUUUUUUUCCCUGAAUUAAAAAUAUAUAAUUACUAUAAAUUCUGUAAGGCUACUUGGAAAAAAAAAAAAAGAAAACUCUUUAUUUAAUCAAAGUACAUCGUACAUACCUUUAAUUAUAAUCUUCUGUGAACCAAAGAUGUAUAUUUGUUUAAGUUGCAUGAAACAUCAUACAGAGUUGUAAUCUGAAACUAAAGUGAGUUUUUUUUUUUUUUUUUUUUUCCAUACUUUAUAUGUAAGAAUUUUAAAAUGUGUAAUGGUCUAUAGUUUUGCAGAAAAGAAAAUAGUAAUGCCCAUGCUUGUAAAUUUUUUAUAUUUAAAAGUUCUAAGCUAUAAAAAUGUAUUGUGCUUAUUAAACUUUAUUCUGAUUAAUCAUUAUUGAUUGAAAAAUGCCUGACUUACUAAAAAAAGCACUUGAAUACACAGGUAAUUAAAACAUAAGAAAGAAAUAGCUUCAUGUACUUAAUCUUUUUAUCAGCCAAAAAUUUCUGUAAUUGUAUAAACUCAUAAAUAAAUAAUCAUUAAUUUAAUAUUAAAUAUGACUUUUUUUUUAGAGUUUUGAAUGACAUUUUGUAGUUUUCUAAAAUGCAAUUUUAGUUUUUUGUUAUCUUAUUGAAAGGUGUGAAUCAUGUUAAUGUCGUAUUUAUGUUGUGUAAUAACUGAAUUUCAUCCAUGUAUGCCAUUUAUGAAAGGAGUUUUAAGAACUAUGCAUGAAAACUCAUGUAUGAGUUGCGGAUACCUGUACUUCUGACUUAUUCAUGUUCUAAACUCACACUUUCAUCUCUUCAUAUUAUUGUUAAUCCGUUAUAAAUUUUGCACUAUUUCUUAAGGAAUUCAGCAAAAAUGUUGGAUAUGCUCAUGUGCUCUGGUAUCUACUUUUCUGUGUUUUUUCUUUUUGUUUAUAUUUUGUGUAAGAAAAGGUUUGUUUUUAUUUGUGCAAACAGAGUAUUGCUUAUAUAAUCAAAAAAGUGCAUUUAAAAUAUAUCUGUUAAAGCUGCGAUUAUUGUGAAAACAUGAAUUCAGAAAUAGUAUUCAUAAUUUAUGGGUUUUAAUUAAAAUUAUAAUUUGCUGUUUAUGGAAAUACAUUACUUUAAAAAUCACAUUGAUUUCUUAGUUGAUGUGAAAAAUACAGACCUCUUUUUUUAUAGUUAUGUUAUUUUUUGAAGGGCAUUGCAUAUCUGUUUUCUCUUCAUUCAAAGUUUUUUUACUAGAUAUGAUGCAUUAUUCAAAUUUUUAAGUUUGGUUUUAUAAUAAUUUCAGUUGAUGGAUUUUGUAUUACUUGGGUGAUUUUAGCAGUCUUUAUAUUUAUUAUUAUUUUUUAAACCAUGAUUUUUCAGAAAUUUGUACUUUUAUUUUACAGUGUAUAUAAGAAAUUGAAACAAUUCAUAUUUUUGAAAUAUUCUGGUUUUUUUUUUUUUUUUAUAAAAUUUAUUUGACUUAAACUUGGAGCUUGUAUAAACUGUCGGUAUAAAUCAUGAAUGGAAAAAGUGAAUUACCAUCAUUUCUCAAUGUGAAAGAAUUGGAGAAUUGAAGGGAAAUCAUUCUGCCAUGUGCAAUGCUUCUCUCACACAGUAACUUCAUAUUUCAAAUGUUAGAAACUAACUUAUGUGUGUAGUAUAUAAAAUAUGUGCAUGAAGUGGAAAAUUUUGAGCUGUUCUAAGCUUAUGGAUGCACAUUUAAAUAAUGAAAAAUUUUUUUAAUGAAAUUUAUUAAAUGGCUCUGAAAACAUGUGAGCUUUAUUAUUAUUCAGUGUAUUCAAGUUUUGAAACAGUUUUGAAAGUGAUUUUAAUUGUGUGUGUAUGUAUAUAAUAUACAUAUUGUUUUUCCUCCACGGUUGUUUACUUGUCUUUUACAUGUCCAUUAUCACCUUCCUUCUCAGAUGAAUAUUUAAAUUUUAUCUAGCAACUGUUGAUAAUAUUUCAUACCAUAAAUAAAAGUACAAAUAGUAUAGCUUGCAUCUUAGAAGUAUUUUGUACCUGGAUUUGUUUUCUUUUUUUAAUUUUCAAAAACUGUCUGCAUGUUUGUGGCUUGAUAUUAGUAGUGUCUGUAGUUCAUAUUUUAAUUGAUAAUCAUUGGAGGUGCUGAGUAUUCUGUACGUGUACAAAUGAAUAUAAUUGCUUUACUUCAUGUGUUGAAUUUUCUUUGCUUUUUCUGCUUAUUAUAUCUUUUUUACUGUCAAUCAUAUUGUGAUACUUUAAUAUUUUAUUUUUACUAUGCCAGUAUUAGCUAUAUACCUUUGUGGUUUCUUUCUAAAAUGCUAAAUAAACUACUUAGUAAAUGAGCAUUAAUAUAAAAAAGGGAAACCUAUUGCAUGUGUUUGAUUUUUAUAAAUUUAAUGUUAAUAUCAAUAAACUAGCUGGUAGUGUAAUUUUUAAGAGCAUAAUUAUGUACCAUAAUUUGUUAUUUUUUAAGUUGAAGAUUUUUUAUAAACAUGUAGGUUCUGUGUAAUAAAGUCAGUCUGAAUUGAGCUGUGAAUAUAUGGUAACUAAUAUUUUUGCCAUUUAUCAAAGCUAUAUAUCUGUUUUAAGUUUUUUUUUUUUUUUUUUUUUCUGAAACCUGUGUUGUAAGUUGAAGCAAAUGGUUGAAAAUAAACAAAAUGCCUGUAAAAAUAAUAUUUAGCUGUAAAUAAUCUUGUUUAAAGAAGUCAGGGCAUUACAUGUUUUAUCACUCUGUUUUGUAUUCUGAAAAUACUCCAAAAAUUGUUUUAAAUAAAUUAUUAUUAGGAAAAUAUGUGUCUAAAAUUGUGUAAUCAUUAUGUUAAAAUAAUUGAAUUUAUGUAGCAAUUAUUUUAUUAAAUUGUGAUUAUCUACAGAUUGUACAAUUUUAAAUGUGGACAGAAAACUUUGCACAGUGGAACAGAAUAUGUAAAAGCAUUUAACAACAUCUUAGAGAAAGUUUUCAAAAUGAAAGUACCUUUGCUCUGAAGAAUAUUUUUCAGAUUCUUUUUUUUUUUAUCAGUUUAUGAAUUUUUUGAAAGUUUUAUUGUAAAAAAUAAUUUUGCAAAAUAUCCUCAGUUGCCUUUAGGGGACUAAUUUUUAUUUUUUAAGUGAAAUAUAAAUAUCUAAAUAUUUAACACAUUAUUAAAAAUUUGAUAAAAUGUUAUCGAUUGUUUAUGUGACUUUCAUAACUUAAAGACAGUUAUGUAUUUCUCACGAGCUUUCUAUGUGUGCUUACAUUUGUACUGGAUGAAUUUUCUUUUUUUUUGGGGGGGUGGUAGUUUAUUAUUGACACUGCUAAUUUCUGUAGAGGCUGCAGAAAAGUUCAUAAAUGUUGUGCAUACUAAUUUUUACUUUUUAUCCAUUUAGUAUUCGAACAUGCAUGCUUAUUUUUAGUAAAAUAAAAAUUUUGUGUUAUUUCCAUAUCUUGAUAAGAUUAAAACACUUGCUGAAUGAAGAAGGUAUUUGCAACGAGAAAAACAUAAAUUUCAUUAAGAACAUAAAUUUAACAUUAAGACCUACAACAGGGAAAAGGUUGUUUCUUCAUUAUGAGAAACAAUAUGUUCAAACGUUUCCUUGUUUAAAAGAGUUGUAUGAUUUAUAUGUAUUGAAAUAUUAUGCAAGAGCUGUGUUGAUACAUUGUGUUAUAGAGCCACCAUUUAAAAAUCUUUAUUUUACUAUUUCACCUGAUUAAGUGUAAUUUAUUCAGCUGACUUGUUUUUUGUAAAUUAGUUAAGAAAACAUCUGAGUAGGCUUCAUAUUCUGUAUGCAGCCUAGAAUUAACAUUAUAUAUAUAACUGUUUGAAAUACUUUAAAUCAGAACUAAAGCAAAUGUAUAUAAUAUUACCUUAUUUUGUUAAUUUUCAGUAUAUUUCUAAUGAUCAAGGUUAUAUUUUACAUUAGAAACUUUGCACAUGUUUUAUAAUGCUGUUGUGCUAUGCCGAGAAUUCAGAAUGUAAAAGGGGGUUGAAUGUAUUUCUAUUAAAUUGUGUUUUCAUGAUUGGGAUAAUGGAGGUCUCCUUUGACAUUGUUUUGUUUUUGAAUAAUCCAUGUAAGUUUAGUUUCAAUAAACAUUUAUUUUACUUCA